GUCAAUUACAAAAAACAAAAUAACCUCUACCUCGCUGUAAACCUAUUGCAAUUAUGUAAAAUGAUGACAUUUAGACUUCACAAAUUGUGAUAUGUGGGGAUAGAACGGACGGGCGUGUGCAUGUACGCGCGUACGCGACCUCCGCGUCAUGCAGGCAAGGCCGGGUAGCAACGGGGUGUGUCGUAACGGGGAGUGUCCCGGGACAGCCUCAAAAGUAGCGGCUUUGAGCUCAGCUGCCACGCCGUCUCGACGCCUCACUGCCGCAGUCUGCAGCUAGAGCGCUCAUCGCGGCUCACUCUCUUCUCCCUUUGUCUCCGUUUGUUUCACUGAACAACUUCCAGGAUCCUACAGGUAGAAUGGCACAACACCCAGAGUUUGAGCGGGCUGGAAAGAAGCAGGGUCUCCAGGUGUGGCGGGUGGAGAACUUUGACCUGGUUCCUGUUCCUGAGAACCUGUAUGGGGGAUUUUACACAGGAGAUGCAUACAUCAUCCUCAACACCAUCAAGCAACGCUCAGGAAACCUGCAGUAUGAUCUCCAUUUCUGGUUGGGUGAUUUCAGCACACAGGAUGAGAGAGGCUCAGCGGCCAUCUUCACAGUCCAAAUGGAUGAUUUCCUCGGGGGGAAACCCAUCCAGUAUCGGGAAGUCCAGGGACAUGAGUCUAAAACCUUCCUAGGCUAUUUCAAAUCUGGGCUCAAGUACAUGAAAGGCGGUGUGGCAUCAGGUUUCAAGCAUGUCGUCACCAAUGAGGUGGUUGUACAGAGAGUCCUCCAGGUUAAAGGUCGUCGUGUUGUUAGGGCAACAGAGGUGCCAGUCAGCUGGGAUAGCUUCAACCAGGGAGACUGCUUCAUUCUGGACUUGGGAGAUGAAAUCUAUCAGUGGUGUGGCUCCCAGAGUAAUCGGUUUGAGAAGCUGAAGGCCACACAGGUUGCCAAGGGCAUCCGUGACAAUGAGCGCAGUGGCAGGGCUCGUGUUUACGUCUGUGAUGAGGGGAGGGAAAGAGAGAAGAUGAUAGAGGUCUUAGGAGAAAAACCAGAUCUGCCUCUUGGAGCUUCUGAUGACAUCAAAGCUGAUGCAUCCAACAGAAAGAGGGCCAAACUAUACAAGGUGUCCAAUGCAAGUGGAGGUAUGACUAUUGCACUGGUGGCUGAAGAGAACCCGUUCCCACAAAGCGCUCUUGAGUCAGGCGACUGUUUCAUUCUGGACCAUGGCUCUGAUGGCAAGAUCUAUGUAUGGAAAGGUCAAGAUGCCAACAUGGACGAGCGAAAGGAGUCGAUCAAAGCGGCUGAGGAGUUCAUCAAGAAGAUGGGUUACCCCAAACACACUGAAGUGCAGAUCCUGCCCGAGAUGGGCGAGACUCCGCUCUUCAAGCAGUUUUUCAAGAACUGGAGAGAUAAAGACCAAACCGUGGGAUUGGGUGUGGCCUACAUUGCUAACAGCAUCGCCAGGAUUGAGAAGGUGCCUUUUGACGCUGCGUGUCUGCACGAUUCUCCCGCCAUGGCAGCCCAGCACGGCAUGGUCGAUGACGGCAGUGGAGAGAAAAAGAUCUGGCGUAUUGAAGGAUCUGACAAGGUGCCAGUUGACCCGUCCACAUACGGCCAGUUCUUCGGCGGAGACAGUUACAUCAUCCUUUAUAACUACCAUCAUGGAGGACGUCAUGGACAUAUCAUCUACAUGUGGCAGGGAAUGGAUUCCAGCCAAGAUGAAAUUGGGGCCUGUGCUGUCCUCGGUGCCCACCUUGAUGAGGAGCUUGGUGGUGGUCCUGUUCAGGUUGUUGGUGCUCCUAUAACCACUCAGGUGAGGGUAGUGCAGGGUAAGGAGCCAGCCCACCUGAUGAGUCUAUUUGGAGGACAGCCAAUGGUGGUCUACAAGGGUGGAACGUCCAGGGAAGGAGGUCAGUCAGCUCCAGCAGAGACUCGCCUCUUCCAGGUGCGCUCCAACUCGGCGGGACACACAAGAGCUGUGGAGGUUGAUGCAGUUGCAGCCAACCUGAACUCCAAUGAUGCUUUUAUUCUGGUGAGCCCUGGAGGUUCCUUCCUGUGGGUGGGAGUGGGUGCCAGUGACACUGAGAAGACAGGAGCGCAGCAACUGUGUGACAUCCUAGGAGUGACACCUUCCGAGGUGCAAGAGGGAGGGGAGACAGUGAAUUUCUGGGAUGCGAUUGGUGGAAAGGAUGCAUAUCGCACUUCUACUAGACUUAAGGACAAGAUGGACGCUCAUCCUCCUCGACUCUUUGCUUGCUCCAACAAGACUGGAAACUUCAUUAUUGAAGAGGUACCUGGUGAGAUGACCCAGGAUGACCUCGCCACCGAUGAUGUCAUGAUCCUCGACACCUGGGAGCAGGUGUUUGUCUGGAUUGGCAACGAGGCCCAAGAGGAAGAGAAGACCGAAGCGAUGGCAUCUGCGGUGCGUUACAUCGAGACAGACCCGGCCAACAGGGACCGUAGGACGCCCAUUGUGAAAAUCAAGCAGUGCUUCGAGCCGCCCACCUUCACUGGCUGGUUCCUGGGCUGGGACCAUGACUACUGGACCAGCGACCCGCUGGAGCGCGCCAUGGCUGAACUGGCCGUGUGAGCUCCCACCUGGUCCUCUUGCUCCUCCACAGCUCAUCAUUCAACUAACAUCUGAUACUUAUAGCGACCUUUGCAAGCAGAUGACUGUUAGCUGCCAGUAUGCCUUCAGACUAAUGUAGCCAUUCCCCCCACGAAAAAGGUUGUUGGCCCACAUGGCUGCCUUCAUUGGCUUUUAAAGCCAAAUACUAGCAGUAAAAUUUUACAGGUGUGCUUCAUGUGUUUUUCAAUACAGCUUCCUACACAUUUUUAAAUAUAUUUUCUAUUUGGACACAUGCCUGAACACAGCCUGCAAAGUAAAUGAUGCCUUAACAUUGUAGUUCAUUUUUAUCCUUUUAGGUUUUGUGUUAAUGUGCCAGUUAGGAUGGUAGAUUUAUUUAUUUAGUAGCAGCGCAUGCCAUAUUUGAUAAGCUUUGCUGCUUUUUACGGCAGUUUAACUUGUCCAGUUUUAGCAAUUUAGGUUUCCCUGCACCUUGCCAUCACGACAAUAAAAUCAGAUCAAAUGUAUUGUCCGUGUCAAUGUAUUAAAAAAACAUCCAAAUUCAAGGACAAACUUUAAUAGCAUUUUAAUAUUGUUCUCCAUAUACUGUACCAGUGUGAAGACAAAACUGUAACAAAAAUGGACUUGCAUUUAAUUUCCAGCUUUAGGAUAAGAACAGUCUUCAAACACAGUAAAGAAAACAGACAAAAUUUCCCUUCUGAAAAGCAAAAUGAAAGACCAGUGCCCAUUUUAAAAGCAGAGAAACUUUUUGUACUUGGCUAAAUGUUAAGGUAAUUCCUACAGCAGACAUUUUAAGGUCUUUUUUUGUCAGUCGUUUCCAUCAAUAGUGCUUCGAUAUGACAUGCUGUUUAGAUAGGAAAACAAGUUACUUGACCUUAACAAAAAUUGUAACAUUAAUGUAACAGUUUCAGUGCAACAAUAUACUCUACAAUGGCAAAAUGUACUUCUCAAAGCUAUAUCUGAAUACACUUGAUGGCAUUGCGUGGAAAAGCAUGUGCACAUACACCUGAAUUAUUUAGCAAAGCUAUUUAGUUUGGUAUUCACUCUAGAUUGUAUCAGCUAAUGCAUACAGUACAUCACACUUAGAAAACAACACUCAAGUUGAAAGACUGACCAAUACAAAAGCUUAUUUGAAUGGCUACAGCAAAGCCCCAUGAUUUCUUCUUUUUUUUUUUUUUUUUUUUAGUUAAUAAGAGCCUGAAGCUGUAUGAAACUGCAUAGAAAUGUGUCAAAAUAAAUCCAUGGUAGUAAGUUAAG